AUGCCAAAUCAGAUGUUCAAAGUCGCUCAUCGUCACUUCAUUCGAUACAGAAGACUUCAAGAGAUGCCCGAUCUCGACAAAGCGAUCAGCAUGGCUACCGAAGCUGUCAAAAUAACACCAAAAGAUCGCCCAAAUCAAACGGCGCGACUAAUCAAUCUUUCUGUCUACUGGCAUGAGGAUUUCCCGGCGAGCGAUUCGACAAAUGUUCAAGGUCUUAGGAAUUCUAUCCAAACUUCAAGGGACGCCAUUGCUGCUCUUCCUCAUACUUACCAACAUCGAGGGACCCUUCUCGACCAAAUUUCAACAAAGCUGGGGCAGCUAUUCAUGCAGACAAGAGAGGUCAGCGUGAUCGAAGAGAACAUAAAGAACCAGCGCGAGGCCAUAAAUGUGACACCAGUCAAUCAUCCCAAGCACCUCCUCUUUCUUGCAAACUUGGCCGGUCCCAUUACUGCCCGAUAUCAGGCCCUUGGAAAAAGAGAAGAUCUUGACGAUGCUAUCGACAUCUGCUGGCAGGACGUGGCACAGACGGAUAACAGCUCCCCCUAUGCUCUCGGACGACUGUGCAAUCUUUCCAUCACCCUGAGUGACAGAUGA